GUGUUCUCAAAAGAUCAGUCCUCUUUACUGUCCAUCUGACGGGGUGCUAAGAACUUGAAGUUACUAUUAAGCUCUUCAGAGGAAGAAGGAAGGAAAAAGAAACAAGCUUACAGUGAAAAGAAAAGGGGACCACCACAUUGUUAAAUCAUGGAUUACAACAAGUCAGGUACUUCUCAGAUGGGAUGGAACAGAACUUAUUCCACUGGUCAGUCAACCACGCCACCAAGCCAGAAUCAACAGUACCAAUACCCGGAACCCACUCAGCUUCCCCCAGCAUACUCUGCACAGCAGCCGGGCUUUGGAGCUGCACCACACUAUGCAGGUGUGAGAUACGAGCAGCAGCCUCAGCCUUACUCCAUGGGCCAGCAGUAUGUAGGACAGCCAAGGAUCAUCACUGUGCAGCCGGCAAUGUUCAGGAAUCCAGCCUCACCACAAGUCCCAGUAAAUGACUACUUGGGCUACUCCAUCUUCACCUUGCUCUGCUGUUGCCUGCCACUUGGAAUUUGUGCCCUCGUCCACUCCAUCUCGACCCGUGACGCGAUUCAACGUGGUGACCAGGUGGCAGCAGAGCGCUACAGCAGUACAGCCAGGACCCUGAACCAUGUAGCUCUGGGAAUUGGGCUUACAGUUUUUACAUCAUCCAUUAUUUACGUUAUUGUUAUGUUCUCUGUCCUCUAA